AAUAACCUUUCCGCGUCCCAGCUCUUUCCCCCGCGGUGAUCCCGUUUUGACACAAAGACAAAAGCAAAAAAAGCAGUUUGAAUGGUGAAGGAGCGAGCAGGCAGGGAGAAAGCAUGAGGAGGCGGCGAGUCUUUGUAGUCUGUGAGGAAUGCGGAAACUCGCCUGCUCUGUGUCAAACUGCUCUGAAGGGGGUCAAGGCACAUUCAGCCAGCGUGGGAAAGCGAGGAGCAGACCGAGCACACACACGCUGCAUAUUCCUGCAUAUAUGGGAAAAACAUAAGAGGGGAAGGAGUGCCAUUGCAGAUCGAUGAAAAUCAGUUCCCUUUUUAUCCUCUCCGCUUUCUUGAGGAACUGAUCGGACGAUCUUUCACUUAAUUUGUUUUUGCUGAGGUGGUGCUGCUGGGAGAUGGGGCUUAGCGCGUGCACCAUCCGACUACCUGUGUGGCCCGUCGCGAGGACACUGCACGAGCUGUGAUGCAUGUGGAGACGCUGGGAAACUUACUGAAGUUCGUGAAUGACGCGACAUUCCGGGCGGAAUAUAACAAACAGGGCAGUGCACGUGCCAGCGCCGCUCUCCCAAUAAUGCCUUUGUGAAAUAUCCGCGAGCUCGUCACGUUUCGGGAUUCCCCGCAGUACCCUCGCCGCGAGAAAAAAUGGACAAAGAGAGCUCGACCCAACAAUAUGAGCCGGUGGCUGAGAUCGGUGAAGGUGCUUAUGGAAAGGUGUACAAAGCACGGGAUUUGAAGAACGGGGGCCGCUUUGUAGCCCUGAAAAGAGUUCGGGUGCAGACAGAGGAAGAGGGAAUGCCGCUGUCGACCAUCCGCGAGGUGGCGGUGCUGAGGCAGCUGGAGUCCUUUGAGCAUCCCAAUGUGGUCAGGUUGUUUGACGUAUGCACAGUUUCCAGGACUGACCGGGAAACCAAACUAACUUUGGUCUUUGAGCACGUGGACCAAGAUUUAACCACAUAUUUGGAGAAGGCACCUGAUCCAGGAGUGCCACCUGAAACUAUAAAGGAUAUGAUGUACCAGCUGCUGCAGGGUCUGGAUUUCCUCCACUCUCACCGUGUCGUUCAUCGAGAUCUUAAGCCUCAAAACAUUUUAGUCACCAGUGGAGGACAGAUCAAGCUGGCUGAUUUUGGUCUGGCACGGAUCUACAGCUUUCAGAUGGCUCUUACUUCCGUGGUGGUGACGUUAUGGUAUCGUGCUCCUGAAGUGCUGCUUCAGUCCAGCUAUGCUACUCCUGUGGAUCUGUGGAGUGUCGGCUGCAUCUUUGCUGAGAUGUUCAGGCGGCGACCUCUUUUCCGUGGGAACUCUGAUGUUGACCAGUUAGGCAAGAUUUUUGAUGUGGUGGGGGUCCCUUCUCCAGAGGACUGGCCACAGGAGGUGGGCUUGCCACAGAGUGCCUUUUCCCCUCGUCCUCCCCAGCCAAUAGAGGACCUGGUGCCUGACAUGGAUGAGCUGGGCAAAUCACUUUUACUUCGUUUCCUGUCAUUUAACCCCUCCAGAAGGAUAUCAGCUUACGAUGCACUGUCUCACCCAUACUUCCAGAGUCUGGACAGCACCAGCAAGAGUCUGUACGCUCAACCCUUCCCCAGCAAAAAGUCCUCCCUGGAGGAGAGAGCUGCUUGAAAAGAUGUGGUUCCAACUCUUAACAAAGAUCCCCUAGGAGCUAGUCUUUCAUAGCAUAACAUUACAUGCUGCUUUCAAAAAUAUCACCGCAACUAUUGGUCGAUCGUGUUAAGUCUUUGCCCUCACUACUGCCAGUUAAUAUGGAUCAACAACAUGCUGCCUGGAAUUAUGUGUUAAACAAUAUCAGAAGCUGCUCUCGUCUCCCACCCACCUUCCUCAAAGGAAGUUUGUCUGCUCAGAGGAAAAUGUGCUUCUUGUAUCUGAAGCCGCAUUAUGACACUGCCAGAGAUCGUCUGUCUGUUUGCAUCAAUGCAAUCUAAAGGUCUAAAUUGAGUCUUAGCUGCACAUCACUGCCAUAAAACAGCAAGGUCUUACGUGGGACCGUGUCCGACUCACAUGGAUUAAGCAAAUGUAGAACCACAACUACUGCAAAUUCAGGCCCGUUGAGCGGAACCUCUUAUUUUACACCUUCACUAAUUACCUUCUCUUUUUUUUGAGCUUCCAAAGUCCUCUCAGUCACAGGCCAGGAGGAUUUUUUUGUAUUGUUUUCCCAUCACGUUGUUACUUCGCAGUUCAAGCUGGAGAGCGUGGACACAUCUCCUCGUGUGACGUUUUUUGAAGACUGCAUAACCACAGACACUCUAGUGCUCUAUUUAAUAUAGCAUUUCGUCGCAAACAUCCUGGUGUCACCUGAAUCGUCCAGGACAGAGCUACCAAACGCUUUGAAGCACUAUUUAACACCAUAUUUCCUUGACAUUAUAAUGUACUUGUAUUUUUUUUUCUUCAAUAUGAAUUACACAUCCUGUUCACUUAUUUUAUUAUGUCAGUGUUGAUUGUUGACAUUUUAUGUCUUAAUUUUAGUGAACUUGAAGGUGUAGGUUGUUGUAGAAAACUCGUUGAUAUGUAUACCAAACAGUCUUCACCCUGUCGUCAGGGAUUUAGUGGCGAGACGUAGUCGAAGGAUGACCCGCACAGGGUUGCAUGUUGAAUUUAGGCUUGAUUUAGAGCAGAAACAACUGAGAUGGAUAACAGAAAUACAUCUAUGAAAGCGUUAGCGCGUAGUUAUGAAAGUAUAGUAAAAGUAGCUAUAGAGUUGGUCAGUGUUAAGUUCAAGGUGAGAUUCGUUCCAGGCUCGGAGAGUAAUGUAUAAUCCCAUGUAGAAUCCAUUGAUUAAGUCCAGGUUCUUUUCUUUACACGCAAGGCUACAUCCUUCCAUUUCCAGUUUCACUUAAUUGUCUGGAUAGAUCAUCACAAAAAGUGCACCAAGUCUGCUAGAUGGAUUGCUUUCAGUGCCUUCGUGUUUAGCGUGUGACGAACAUGUGGAGAGGAAUGAAGGACGCUGCUUCAGAAUUUAGCAUUUAGCCUGGCGAUCCCAGGUGAAGCUGUUUGAUGAGGAGUUAUAGGCAGGCACUGUAGUACUACAAAACAUUCACACAGUUAAAGGGAUAGUUCACUUUAUUCACCCUCAUGUCUCUCCAAACCUUCUAGUGGAACACAAAAGGAGAUAUUUUGAGGAAUGUUGGCAGCCAAUCAGGUUUGGUUACCGUUGAUUUGCAUUGUAUGGGCAAAAACAAACACUGAGACUCAAAAUGUCUUUUUUGUGUACCGCAGACAUGAGGGUGAGAAAAUGACGAAAGAAUGUUCAUUUUUGGGUGAACGAUCCCUUCAAGCACUGAUGCUUGAUUCAUUUUCUCAGGAUCGGUAAACUCAUUCUGUCGCAUUCCAUGCUCAGGUCUAUUUAUGGCUAGUUUUAGAUACAACAAGGGUUCAGGUUUUAGUUGAAUCAUUAAGUUCACAGUAAUCCUUAUUGAUUAUGGUCUCAGUGCUAUCCGGAUACAAUAGUAUUGGGUUAUUUAUAUGGUUCACUUGCAUUUCCAUAAAUUUGAAGAGGUAAUGAAACAUACAGUUGGUCAUUUGAGCAUUUAUUGUUCUUUUUUUAUUUAUAUAAUAUUAUUAUUAAUAAUAUUAAUAUUAUAUUUGUUGUGUUAGUUCACUGUCGUGCGGCAACUUUUGUACUGUUAAGAUGUUUGAUUUCACAAAUAUUCUCUGAUCAAUGUCUCAAUGCAUCAGUCUAACAAAUGAUUUUUAACAUCUCCACUGAACUGACGUUAAGCCGGCACAGCUUUACCCUCCUCUAGAUAAGUCUGUGAUUGGAUCUGGUGAUUUCAGAGGGCAUUAGAUAUCAAAUAAUGUAAACCAAUGUAACCGUAUGCCUUUACGUUUGUGGGUGUUGAAUAGAACUAAUCCGUUUUUUAAGCUUCAUAGUGUUUUAACAUUCUAAAUGUAUUAAAUGUUAGGCUUUCGAAUGUACGACCCAUUCUUGUUAGUGUUGGAUUAAGAUUUUUUGUGUGAUGUUAUGCUGAAAAAAUAGCACCUUUUAUAUUCGUCCAUCUCAGUGCUUUUCCCCAUGAUUGUUUUCAUCUUUAGGGAAUCUGUUGUUGAUUUCUUUUUUUUCUUUUUUGUUGUUGUUGUUUGAAAUGAUUUGCUUUAGUUAGUCAUUUUCAAAAUCUAUUUGAAAAUUUGAAGCAAAUUACGUUUGAGACUGCUUGAAAUUGCUGGAGAUUGGUACAUAAUGUUUUGCUCCCUACAUUUUGUUCUUAUUUAUUGACAUUUUGUCUUUUGUUUAGUUGGCUGUAAUGCUUCAGAAGGCAUUCUGUCAAUAUAAUACUCAAAUUUGUGAUUGGACAGCGAUGAGCUAAUGGUGCUAUGCCUCGUGUCACUGCAGACUUGAACAACUGUUAUCAAUUAGGCAAACUUGUUCCCAAGGGGACAGUAACAAUAAAAGUGUCUUUUGAAAUAUUCUAUUAUUAUAUUUUGGUUUCAUUUUGUUGAAUUUCAUUUGUAUUAUAUUUGACCAGUUUUACAUGUCUUCCCAUUAUGACCUAAAUAAUUUAUAAUGUUCUCCAGACAGAGAAUACUUUGAAUAAAAAAAUCAUUAAGCUGGAAAUUUCUAUCCAUUAGAUUCUAAUAAUGUAAUAUGCUAAAUCAUCCACCAUGAAUACAUAUUCUAAUCAAUGUGCACAAUGUUUUCAUUCUGUUUAGCUGCUGCACAGACAGUGUGUAAUGAAAGUCUUUAAUGUUAUUUUAUCAGCAGCUUUGUUAUAUUUUACUCAUUGAUAAUCAAGUGUUAUAUCACUUUAGACUGCAUCAAAUGUAUUUGGUUCAUUCUACUUAUUCUUUAAAAAAUAUGUAAACCGAGUGGAAUGAUUUCUGAUGUUCUAUGAUAUAUCUGUCUUAUAAUCAUAAUAUGUAUAUCUUUACAUUUCUUAUUUGUUGCUCUUUGUUUUAUGGAUUUCUGUAACCAUUAAAAGUAAUAACUUUAGCCAUUUUUUAACUGUGCACAUUGAUUAGAAGUGGGAAGUGUUGGUCAGGGUUUUCUUUUUUCCCCACAUUGGCUGGAGACAGUGGAUAGUUAGGUUUUUUGUAAGCACCCUAUCUGUGGUGUAUAUUUUUAAUUGUUAUUUGGCAUUUUAUGUUGUCAGCAUUUGUUGUAAGAUGUGGGGAUGGAAAAAUGUGUACAUGAAAAUGUAACUUUUUUUUUAAAUCAACGCUUUGAUUGAAAGUCUUGUUCAGCUGUAUGUAUUUCUAUUGCUUAAUCAGUUUGUGUUCUUCUGCUUUAGCAUCUAUAUUUUUUAAGCAAUGAAAUCACAUGUUGAUGUACUGUAGAUCACAUGCAUAUGACGUUAAUUUUGUUUAAAAAGUCUUGUCAAGUUCAUCUAGUCAUGAUUAGUCCAAUGAUGGUUAAUCAUAUAGUUAGUAGAAUGUAUCAUCUUUUUUUAUGAUUGAAUACUGAAAUUCAGUUCAAAAUUAAUCUCUUUAAAGCUAUGUUUUUCUGUUAAAACAGCACAUUCUUUCAUUUAAAGCAGAUGCUUUGUUAAUAAAUUCAUUUCAUUCAGCUACUGUUGUCAGUAAAGUGCAAAGAAUUGUAAAAUUUUUGCAAGAACCAAAUUGAAAUGAGAGUGUUGGUCAUUGUUCCCUUAUAGGACCAUAUUAGUUUUGUUUUCUUCUUUUCUUUAAAAAAGGGUGAAUGAGAUGUGGUAGGAUUUUUUUUUUGUUUUCUUUUUUUUUUUAAAUCUGGACUGGUUUUGCUGCUAAUGUUUGUCUUAGGCUCUGGCUCCUGUGUGAGUUUUAUUAAACUGGCCCACCUAAAGAUUCCAAUUUGCUGCCAUUGAGAAAAAAAAGCUGCUUUCGCAUUUGUGUUAUAUCUGUAUCUGCCUGAUGUUUUCGUAUUUUUGUAAAAUAAAUAUUACAGUGUGUAAA